AUGAACGCAAGCUUGUUUAAAUCUUCUCUUCGUUUAGGAUAUAUGAAGCCCUUGUUACCACGAUCUAGCACUAUCAUUGUUCCAUCCAUAAUGACACGAACAUCUCUAUUUAGAAAGGCUCUAUCUAGUAGAACGAGGUUAUACACUAACGGCGCAGGUGCAGCGUCAGGAAAGAGCGAUGCCAAGACUGGUAAUAAGCACAAACCGUUAUGGCCACAGGUUAAGUCUGCUUCUACAUUUACUUUCUCAGGCAUACUUGUGAUAGGCGCUGUUGGUAUAUCCACUAUUGUUAUUUAUUUAAUUCUUUCAGAACUAUUUUCGCCUUCAGGUGACACACAACUUUUCAAUAGAGCCGUUACAAUGGUAGAGAAGAACAAAGACGUAAGAAAUUUAUUACAAUGCAAUGACGGUAUUACGGGAAAAGAAAGAUUGAAGGCAUACGGUGAACUUAUAACAAACGAUAAAUGGACAAGAAACAGACCUAUCGUAUCCACGAAGAAAAUGGAUAAGGAGGGGAGAACACAUCAUUAUAUGAGAUUUCACAUUGAAUCUAAAAAGAAAUUGGCACUGGUUCAUCUAGAGGCUAAAGAAUCUAAAAAAAAUUACCAACCUGAUUUCAUUAAUAUGUAUGUAGACGUUCCUGGUGAGAAGCGUUACUAUUUGAUUAAACCAAAAUUGAAUUCAGUUCCUAGUUCUAAGGGCUUUUUGGGAAUAAGAUGGGGUCCCAGAAAAGAUUAA